ACCUCAAACUCAACUCAACAAACCAUCAAGAAAACAGAGGAAAAGGAAAACAGAGCAUCCUAACAAAAACAGGGGCGACCAAUUUUUCUCUCUCAGAGAACACAACAAUGGCGGUGUCGAGAUCAAAGACGUUAGCUUUCGCAGCAAUCGUGAUUGCCGCUCUUCUCCACAUAUCCGCCGCUCAGACUCCUCACACCGUGGGAGGAAACGCCGGAUGGACCAUCCCUCAGGGCGGCGAAUCGGUUUACUCCAACUGGGCUUCCGGCAAUUCCUUCGCCGUCGGGGACAUUCUCGUGUUCAAUUUCGCUGCUGGAGCUCACGAUGUGACCCAAGUGAACAAGGCAGACUAUGACUCCUGCUCGGCGGCGAACCCGAUGAUGACUUCCACGACAGGUCCGGCGAGAAUUACCCUGAACUCAACCGGCGAGCAUUACUUCAUCUGUGGCGUCCCCGGCCACUGCAGCGCCGGUCAGAAGGUCACCGUCAACGUUCUUGCUUCGACUACUGGGCCUUCUCCUGCUCCCCGCCGGGCUCUCACCCCUGCCGCUGCUCCCACCCCGUCCACUUCCCCUGUUGCCGGCGAUGUCCCCUCGUCAGCACCUGCCCCGACUCCUUCCACUUCCCCUGUUUCCGGCGAUGUCCCGUCGUCGGCACCGGUUCCUUCUGCGAGGAGCCCGAUGACUUACACCGUCGGCGAUUCUUUCGGGUGGAACAUUCCCACGAACGGUGCUGCUCUGUUCCAAAACUGGGCCGCCGGCAAAGACUUCAUGGUCGGCGAUAUCCUUGUUUUCAACUACACCGCCGGAGCACACAACGUGGCGGAGGUGACCAGCGACGCCUACACGGCGUGCACAACGACCAGCCCGAUCUCCCUGGACAGCAACGCGCCGUCGAGAAUCACGCUGACCACCGCCGGCGAGCACUUCUACCUUUGCGCCGUUCCCGGGCACUGCUCCGCCGGCCAACAGCUUUCCAUUAAUGUCACCGGCGCGGCCAGCACAACCCCUGGAACUCCAUCGCCGUCAGGUUCGACCACUCCGUCGUCCCCUGCCGGUGAUGUCGCUCCACCGUCGCCAAAUUCCGCCACCUCCGUUGCCGGCGUGUCGGCCGCCGCGUUUUUGUCCGUCUUCGUAGCUCUGUUGUUAUAGAUGGAGUGAUCAGUAGAGAUACCUACGGCCGGGCAUGUGAUUUUUUUUGUUUUGAUCUGUAUUAGUGUUGGUUCUUGAUUGUUAUAUAGAUUGAUUUCUCACAUACCUCAUAUUAAUAAAAGCAAUUUUUGUAGCUCAAAUCAUCAAAGACUGAAUUACUGUCUUGCAUUGCAUCUACACUCUCUACUCUCUACUCUCUAGUCCAUGCUCAUCGACUCUUAUUCUCCAUUCGACUCAUAGUCUCCGAAACUUUUAAACUUUCGCUCCAAGUCUCUAAUUUGCUUCCACUUACGAGUAAUUGUUCGACCGCAUGAAUUGCACGAUAUAGAAGGGCAUUACUAUUCGUCGCCCUAAAAUACAUAAUGCGUCGCCCUAUUUUUUACCAAAAUGACUCAAAUAUCCUUAAUCAAGUUUUGUUUUUCCCGUUCCACAUCGCACAGCCGCAGGUUGGAAACCCGUCGUCAAGGAGCUCGGGACGAUCGCCGCUGUAAUUAUUCAAAAAUGAAUAUAGGCGACGACAGUUUCUUCUUCCUCCUCCUUGCCUCCAAUUCCAAUCGACUCUCAUCACUAUAGCCUAUUAUUCAGAGGACUUUACAGAUCCGGACAUGUUUCGUACCCGCCGUUGGAAUCGCGGGACGGUCAACCAGUUCGUCGCCUGGAAACAUAAAUAAAAAAACAAACUAACCUAAAUCCCCCUUCCUCCUUCGUUCCCUUCCUCUAGCUCAGUGCCAACUAAAGAAUCUGGCAGCAUCAGGACAGUAGGGAAAUGGACAUGUAUAUAUAAGAUCAUGACAUCCAGUGUCUGUCUGUUUCCAUUUUUUCUUGUCGGCGAUAGGAAUCUGGCAGCGGCAGCAGUUGGCGGAGGACAGAGGAGUUCUGCGGCGGCUGGCAAGGUAAGGAUUGUUUAGGUUUUGGUUAUAAAUUGUGGCCAGAGGGUAAAAAGGUCAAUUUGGUGCAUUUUAGGGCGAUAAAAUUUGAAUUUUAGG